AUGUCUGGCCGGAGCGUCCGGGUCCAAAUCCCGGACCAGCUGCCGACGCUGUUCGAGCCGCAGAAGGCCAUAAUGACGCCGCACAGCCGCGCGAGCGUCGACGACGAGGACGACGGCGACGCGGCGCAGCCGGAGAGGCGGCUCACGGUGCUGGCGCUCCAGCUCGCCGUGCUCGAGAAGGCGGCGAGCCGGCUCGGCACGCUGGGGUUCAUCUGGGCGACGGUGGUGCUGCUCGGCGGCUUCGCCAUCACGCUCGGCCGAACCGACUUCUGGUGCAUCACCACGCUGCUGCUGGUGGAGGGCGCGCGCAUCCUGGGCCGCAGCCACGAGCUGGAGUGGCAGCACGAGGCGGCGUCGCGGCCGCCGGUGUCGUGGGCGGUCGGCCGCGUCUUCUACUGGAUGGAGCUGCUGUCCGCGUCGGUGUGCGUCGCGCUCUCGCUCGUCCGCCUCGUCCACCAGCGGUACGGCGGCAGCGCCGAGGCGCGGACCAACCGGAGCUCGGCGCUCGACAUCUUCUACGGCCUCGCGCUCGCCGAGGGGCUGCUGUUCCUGGUCGAGAGGGCGCUGUGGCAAUGGCGGGUGGGCCACCGCCGCCUGCUCGAGCGCGUCGCCAAGGAGUGCCACCUCGCCACCGCGUGCGGCGCGGUGGCCGUCCGCCGCUUCUUCUACGAUUCCUACUCCCGGUGCCUCAACGGCAGCAUCUUCGACGGCCUGCAUAUGGACCUCGUGUCCUACGCCGACGAUCUGCUCACCGCCGGCUCCCACGACGAGCAGCGGCUCGGCGCCUUCGUCCUCGUCGCGCUUGUCGAGUCCGACCACUUCGCCGACUCCACGCUGCGCAGGAUUGGCACGUCCGCGCCGACCACUGAGCGGCUCAUCGAGAUGCUCAGCUGGAAUAACUCGUCGGAGAAGGGCGUCCGCCGGUCGGCCGCGGUGGUAGUCUCCAUGCUCACCGAGGGGAAGCUCAACGCGCUCCGCGUGACCGGCAUCCCCGGCGCCAUCGAAUCCGUCGCGUCGUUGCUGUACGCCGACCUCGACGAGCUCAACCUCCUCGGCCUCUCCAUCCUCAACAAACUGGCACACGACCACGACAUCUGCGACAAGAUCGGCAAGACGAAGGGACUCCUCGACAAGAUCAUCUCCUACUCGAGCAUCGCCAAUGCAUCUGCGACUGCGCGCACCGACACGAGGCUCAUGGCGGUGAAGCAGUCGCUCCGCGUGGUGAAGAGGCUGGCCAGCAUAACGGGCACCACCGGGAAGAUUCUCCGGAGGGAGCUCUCCGACAUCGUGUUCACGGUGAGCAACGUCAGGGAUGUGCUGGAACAGCGCGACGGGAAGGCACGGACCGAGCUACACCAGCUAGCGAUCGAGAUUCUGACGAACCUCGCCAUGGACGAGGAGGCGAGGGAGAUGAUCGGCAGGACAGGGGGCGUGGUGAGCGAGCUGGUAGCCAUGUUCUUGCCGGCAACGGAGGCGGUCGGAGACAAGCCGGCUGACGCGGUCCGGGUGGAGGCCGGCGAGGCGCUGGCGAUGCUGGCGCUUGACAGCAGGAGCAACUGCGGCGCGAUCAUAGUGGCUUGCGGUGGAGGCGUUGAGCGGCUCGUCGAGGCGCUGAGCGACCCCGUCGUCGUCGUCCGCGCGGCGAGGAUCCUCCGCAAUCUGUGCACCUACGCCGGCGAAGAGUGGCAGCUCCCGCUGAGAGGAAUCAUCGCCGGCGCCAACAAGGUGCUGAGAACCAUCAUGGCCGAGAAGGGCAAGGUGCUCAACAUCUUCCUCGGCCUCGCGGCGCAGAUGCUCCGGUUCAUGGACCCGGGAGAGCUCCGCACGAGCCUCGCAGCGGCGAGCAUCACGGAGGAGGCGCUGGCGAAGGCACUGGUGCAGGUCCUCAGGGAGUACAGCCGGCCGUCGAUGGCGGUGCCGCGGAUCCGCCGGUACGCCAUCGAGCUCGCCGUCGCCAUGAUGCGGUCGGACGAGCGGUACGUGGCGCUGUUCGUCGAGCUGGGCCUGCAGGGCCAGCUGCGGCGCGUCGCGGCCACCACCUCCGAGCUCGAGUGCUUCAACGUGUUCUCCGGCAGCGUCGGGCUCAGCCGCCGCGGGGUCAGCGUCUGCGCCGACGUCGAGUCGGCACUGGAGUUGAUGAGGCAGGCCUGAAGUUAACUGAAGCUAUAGUUACCUGCGCGUGCCUGCUUAAUCUAAUUCGACUAUAUAUAUACUCGAAUUAGAUUAUACUGCAGAUUAAGUAAGAGGAUCUGUUUGCGUUAUUACAUGAGUUGUUAAUCUGUGAUUCAUUCAUUUACCUCCAAAAUGUGUUAUCUGUUUAUCGUGUUCAAAAUUUGUGUAUGAGUAUAUACAUAUUUGUUUGAAAUAAGUGUAUCUGUACUCUUUCUAAAAAU